GCAGAGCGGGCGCCUCGUUGACGUAAGCGGCACGGACGGCAUUCCGGGAGACGCGAGUGGAAGGCCAGUGAGUUGGUCAUAAUGGCAGAAGAGGAAAUUAAUGAAGACUAUCCAGCAGAAAUUCAUGAGUAUUUAUCAACAUUUGAGAAUUCCAUUGGUGCUGUAGAUGACAUGCUGAAGACCAUGAUGUCUGUUUCCAGAAAUGAGUUGUUGCAGAAGUUGGACCCACUUGAACAAGCAAAAGUGGAUUUAGUUUCUGCUUACACAUUAAAUUCAAUGUUUUGGGUUUAUUUGGCAACUCAGGGAGUUAAUCCUAAGGAACAUCCAGUAAAGCAGGAAUUGGAAAGAAUCAGAGUGUACAUGAACAGAGUCAAGGAAAUCACCGACAAGAAAAAGGCUGCCAAGCUGGACAGAGGCGCGGCUUCAAGAUUUGUAAAAAAUGCCCUCUGGGAACCAGCACCUAAAAAUGCAUCCAAAGUUGCCAAUAAAGGAAAAAGUAAAAAAUAACCUUUUGGUUUCGAUGUACACAUGUUCAAAAAGUACAUCAUUUUUAUUGUUUUACACAAAAUAGAUGAUGAUUAUGUGCAAUGUGUAGUUUAAAUGUAUUCCUUAUUGAAUUCAUAUAUAAAAUUUACAUUUAAAUUUGUAAUGCUAAAUACAUUUUCCCCCAGAAGGAUUAAGUUAUCUUUAUUGAUUUUUCUAUAGAGCACUGUGAGAUUUUAACAUUGUGGUAUAUUUUAUAUUUAUAGUUUACCAUCUCUCUUGACUGGACUCUUGUUUCCUUAUACAGGUCAACUUUUCAAGUACCGUUUUAUAAGCAACUAUGAAGUUUAAGUUAAAUGUUCUUUGUAAACAUUUAUCUAUUUUAAAUGAAUGACUUUAUGAAGUACGCUGUCUGAAGGCUGAAGUUAAAAUGCAUCUGUUUUCACUAUGUACAAAAAAAAGUGAAACGACUUAACUGUUCAUUUUUUUCUGUGUAGUUACUUCAUCAUGUUUUCAUGAUAUUGGAAAUUGCUUCUUUUGAUAUUUGAAGUGUGAAUUUAAGACUUUAAGGUUACACUUUGAUAUUGUCACUUUGUGUCUCACUUAGAGUAAAAUAUUUCUCAUUAAUUAUAGGUGGGAAAUGAGGUUGUAUACCGAUGGCUGAAUUUGGCAUAAUGGCUGAGUCCUAUCAAUAAAAGCUGUAAAUGUCGUGUA